AACACUCCGAGCGCUGACUGUCUGAACGGAUUGUGGGAUACAAAUCGACGACCUCCGCCUACCCGAAAUCUCCCUGAACAAACGAUGGACAUCCUCCUCGGCCCCCUAAAUAGCCACGAAAGCGUCGGAUGAGUGAAAUCGGAGAUGCUGCGCACCACGGCCAAAAACCUGGAGCUUUUUUGAACAGGGCUGUGGGUGUGUGCGCGUCGGGCUCGCCGUUACCUCCGGACUGCACUCGCCAACUUCCCCCGCUUUCCAUCAAGUCAUGUCUGAUACAGAGCGAUGGGCAAGUUUGACGACAACGAGAGGAUAAUCCUCAACGUCGGGGGCACCAGGCACGAAACCUACAAAACCACCCUGAAGACCCUGCCGGGGACGCGUCUGGCCCUGCUCGCCUCCGACUCGGACAUCGACUCCGUGCUGGAUCAGCUGCAACAAGUCCCCGGCUUCAUCGAGUACAACGCGCGGACCAACGAGUACUUCUUCGACCGCCACCCGGGAGUCUUCGCCUACGUGCUCAACUACUACCGCACCGGGAAACUCCACUGCCCGGCGGAUGUGUGCGGACCGCUGUUUGAGGAGGAGCUCUCCUUCUGGGGCAUCGAUGAGACGGACGUGGAGCCCUGCUGCUGGAUGACAUACCGGCAGCACCGGGACGCGGAGGAGGCUUUGGACGUGUUCGAGCUCAACGUGGACACCGGAGAGGAUGACGACGAGAUAGGGAAGAGGCUCGGGAUUGAGGAUGUGGCUGCCGACGGUAAUGUCAGCCUGUGGAAGAAGUGGCAGCCGGUGAUCUGGAAUCUAUUCGAGGAUCCCUACUCCUCCAGGGCGGCGAGGUUUAUAGCCUUUGCAUCUUUGUUCUUCAUCCUGGUAUCCAUCACCACCUUCUGCUUGGAGACUCAUGAGGCUUUCAACACCAUUAUCAACAAGACUGAGCUGAUGCAAAACAGCAGCGUGCCAGACUCAGGACCGCAGUACGAGAUCGAAACUGACCCUGCGCUCACCUACGUGGAGGGUGUGUGCGUCUUCUGGUUUACCAUCGAGUUCCUGGUGCGUGUGACCUUCUGCCCGGUCAAGUUGGAGUUUAUUAAGAGUCUUCUCAACAUCAUCGACUUUGUUGCUAUCCUGCCUUUCUACUUGGAGGUAGGGCUGAGUGGCCUUUCUUCAAAGGCUGCCAAGGAUGUGUUGGGUUUCCUCAGGGUAGUGCGCUUUGUUCGUAUCCUGCGUAUCUUCAAGCUAACACGUCAUUUCGUGGGGCUAAGGGUGUUGGGCCACACAUUACGGGCCAGCACCAAUGAAUUCUUGCUGCUCAUCAUCUUCCUGGCAUUGGGAGUAUUAAUUUUUGCCACCAUGAUCUACUAUGCCGAACGAAUCGGCGCUCAGCCCAAUGACCCCACUGGUAGCUUCCACACCAAGUUCAAGAACAUCCCCAUUGGCUUCUGGUGGGCUGUAGUAACCAUGACAACACUGGGCUAUGGUGACAUGUAUCCAGAGACCUGGUCAGGCAUGGUCGUGGGCGCAUUGUGCGCCUUGGCAGGUGUGCUUACGAUAGCCAUGCCUGUGCCCGUUAUCGUCAAUAACUUUGGGAUGUACUACUCCCUGGCCAUGGCCAAGCAGAAGCUGCCCAAGAAGAGGAAGAAACACAUCCCUCAGACGGUGCAGGGAGGAUCCCCUAUCUACUGCAAAGCCGAUCUCAACACCACCUGCAACAGCACUCAAGGUGACCUGUGCCAUGUCAAAGGGAGCAGGGUACUAGAACGAAACCGCUCAGUUCUGUCAGCAGACUGCAGCGGGGGUAGUGACCUGACCAUGUCUCCAGAGGAGAGGGUCCCCAUGCGAAGGUCCAGCACCCGGGAACAGGACCGCCGGAGUGGGGGGACGUGCUUCCUGCUCGCUGCUAGUGAUUACACCUGCCCUGCAGAUGGAGGGUUACGAAAAACAGAUAACUGCAAAGAGGUUGUCUUUACUGGUUUCACACAAGCAGAGAGCAGCGUUCUAUCUUAAUGGCUUUGGGGGAAAAGGCACCGCCAUGGCGGAAAGGUAACCUCCCGAGCAGGUGUGAGGGUCACAUUACAGUCCCUCACCCUUUUGGUCAUGAAUUUGUGUUUUUGUGUGUGUGCACUAAAAACGGGGGUUAUUCAAUAAUCCUAACAAGAGAUAUCUGCAUGUGGCUGCAGAGAAACAUGCACUCUUGAUGGCACUGUUAAAAGUGCUGCUUGUAGCAUUUUAGUCAGUGGAUAAUGAUCACAUAAUAUUGAGAUAUAUGUAUAAUCAGUGUAAACAAAUGUCACCAUCAUUUUGCAUCAUGUGCCAUGAGAUUUGAUUGGAAAUGUGUCCAUACUACACCUAGAUAGACUAUAAAGAUGGACCCACUGUGGAUAAUGAAGCCAAAAUAUCACAGAUUGGAAGCUGCCAUCUUGAACUUCCAAUACCAAUAUUACAAUAUUAUUUAGUAUGUCAGAGAAACAUUUAGUAUGUCUCAAUACAUACAGUCAUAGAAAUUAUUAUUAGACCACCCUUUUUCUUCAAUUUCUUCUUCAUUUCUUUGCCUGAUACAACCAAAGGUACAUUUGUUUGGACAAAUCCAAUGAUAAAAAAAAUAACUCAUAAGAUUUUAAUUUAAGAUGUAGCUUAUGAGCUAUACUGCAGCCAGCCACCAGGGGGCAAUCUGAGAUUUUUUGCUUCACUUACGGAGAGAGUUGUCAGGCCGUUCAUCUUUAUACCCAGUCUGUUUGCACCCAAACACCAGACUUUGUUUGUUCCAACAACAACAAAAAACCUGCUACAUAACUUUUUCCAUUUCAGCUCUUUUAACUGCAGUUUCACUUUAUAUCAUCCAUCACUAAAGGCAAUUAACUGUUCUCAAAUCCCCAAACCAGACACACUAAUCUGACCUUUCUUAGAACAGUUCAUAACAAAAGUCACAAUAAACAGAAGCAGCCUUUGCUUUGUCAUUUGUUCAUUCUCUAUAUUUCAUAAAUUGCCCUUGUGCACCAACAGGUGCGGGACAGCAGACAUAACCAUGCAGCGAUGUGCCUCACCCAUCCCUACAGUAUGUCUAUACCAGUAGCAGAUGGUUGCUUAGCAACUGGCUCCCAGUUAGAUGCAUCUUACACAUAGCUCUGCAAAAGUCAAACAAUUAAAAAAGAAGAGCUUUUGCAAACAUUUCUCUUUGUCUGUACACCAAAUUAUUGAAUCACCCCCACUGCAAUAUACAAUAGAGCUUUUAUCAUUGUGGAUAGAAGCCGGCUGAGCACCAUUCAUUUGUACAAGGUUCUAAUUUUUUUGUGAAUUAAUGAAAAUAGCCAGUGUGUGCAUGGCAAGCUCUGAAAUGAUGCUCAGCAAAGACAGAUUAUGCAUUUCUGAUAUUUAGAGAUGUGUUUAUAUUUUAUUUAGACGAUUCAUUUCCUAUUUGAAUGACGGUGGGAUAAGUCAUCAGUAUGAGGACCUAUUGCAGUGGGAGGACCCCAUUUGGAGCCAUAAGGCCACUCCUACAGGACAAUAUGGAAGAGGAGGCACACAAAAACUAUUGACUGCCAGCCGCCCAGCCAGUGGCUCAACGCGCAGGAAAGGAAAGAUCCAAACGAAUCCUGGGAGGACUUUGAUAAGCAUUUACCUUUUCCUGAUUUUUUGGUUUUCCUGUUUUGGAACUGUUGAGAAAAAAAAAAGAACAAAGCAAAACUGGACAUGUCCUUAAAAGAAACUAUCUACUGUAUAGAUAUUGCUCCUGUAAAUAAGACAACAACACAGCACAUCUGGGCCAAGCGGCUCUGUUCACACAUCUGUCUUUUGAUGGCGAGUCGGGUAACAAGGUGGUUGGUUGCGCCGUGACACUCAAUCACUUUUCUUGCAGUGGUAUCCCUCCUCGCAAUAAGUGUAUUAAAAUGUAUCAGUUGAGGCACUUUGUGUUCUAAAAAUGGAGUGUAUUCAUAUAAUUCUACAUACAGUAUAUACAGUAUAGAGAGACAAAUGUGCUAAGUUGAAUAAAUGUGACAUUAUGGUCAUCUCUGCUUUUGUUUCCCUUGGUAAUUUUCAGUAGGUUAAUUGCUCUGCUGUGUGUUAAUGUGUGUGUAUCCUAAAACACCAGGGUAAGAUCUGCAGUUUGAAAAGGCCAGGUCAGCGGAGACCAAUGAGUGGACUUGAUGUUGUCACUCUUCCAGUUAGUUUUAGCACAAACAUGAAUGAGACAGAGUUCCCCUGGGAUGCAGCCGCCGUUGUAGAAGUCCCCCCUGCCCUGCCGUGCAUUUACAUGCAACAACCGUGCGUUUGUGCUGCAGAUGUUUGUCUCCUCACAAACCAAAUGAUUCUUACCGGACUACUCCUCAAAACUCCUGGUGGCUAAACAGAAAACUGCAUAACUUGAUUCUUCCAAACUUUUUCCCCUUGUGGGGGGUUGAGCAAAAGUGUAGCAGAAGUUUACCAAGUUAUAAAAAAAGGGACUUCUAUAAUGGCUACAUCUGCACAGUAGCAAUCCCAUGUACCCAAACAAUCAGAUCGGAUUUGCAAUAAGCACCCGAAAACAAAAAUCGCCGAUCCACACUGUGAUUUCAGCAGCACCGUUAAACAAGAAGGCAAACGGAGUGCAAAAGCAGCUCUGAAAGCUGAUAGAGCAGACUGGCAGGUGGCACAGUUCUUGUGCACAGUUGUUGGCUAGCUGUCACCCUGUACCCACAAUCCUCCUCUUGUAGUACACACGCUGCUUUACUCUUUGACAAAGGGGUACCGUUCUUUGUGUAUUUUUAGGAUGACGUUGUAACUUGGAAAAAAAAAGUGUUUAUUUUUUUGAAUCCAGAACAUGUAUUUUUGUGUCUUACUGUUGGGUACAUUGCUCUUACCUGUAAAAGUCAUGGUAGUCUGAUGCUGUGCUUCUCCAUCAUGUCCUCAAACUGUCAGGCUUUUGAUCCGAGUUCAUGUUUUGUAUGUUUUACUGUGAGGAAAAUUCUAGUUUGAAGUCUGUAUUUGUGGAGCCUUUUGUUGGCAUUCUAAAGUGCAUGCUGAAAAAAACCAUUAUGUCGAAUUGUAAAAAAAAAAAAAAAAGAAAGAAAAAAAAAGAUGACAUACUGUAUAUCACGUUCAAAACAAUGUGUAUAGAGUAAAGGUAAAUGCUAUGUGAGAGAUUCACAUAAACUAUUUAUCUUUUAA